CGUACCUUUCUUGUUCUUGAGUGGAACAACUCAUGCAUACUUAGAAAAUACGGCGAUACAAGUGACUCUUUAUUCUUUGAAAAGCUGUCAAGCGGCCACAAUGUAUAGUGCAAGCUGGAUCAGAGAGAAAAUAAAGAACUUCAGAGCUUCUCAAGUAUUAUAUUUUGCUCUAACAGGAGCCUUAAAGGUGGCGUCUGUUGCUUUGUGUAUUUACUUCUUCGCAGCUUUCCUGGACGACUACUUUGCCUAUCCAUCCGUGUUAAAAGUGGAGAUGGACAUGGGAGAAAACUUAACAUUCCCUGCUGUCACGAUCUGUAACUAUAACAGAAUUAGCUCUUCAGGGGUUAAAAAUUGCAUAAAUAAAUACGAAAGUGAUGUGGAAAAUUAUACUAUUUGGUCUCUCUGCAAUAUACUAAAUAGUAAAGCCACUCCUACGUUGAGUCCAGCGGGCCAAUUUAUGAACACACCAAAAAUAACAGCUCUUUUCGUAUUUAUUACCUGUUUCAAAGACGACCGUUCUAUCGACGAUAUGACGCACAUGGAAAAAGAUAUGUCAAAAAGGGAGAUUAGUUACAUUUCACUGCCAAAAUCUGUACGAGAAACUCUCCAUUUCCACGCUGAAGAUAUUAUCAUCGGGUGUAGCUAUGAUGAAGAGCAGUGCAGCUUCCGCAAUUUCACAACAUCGUGGAAUGCGGUCUUUGGAAAUUGUUUCACUUUCAACGCUCACUGGGAGAAAAAAACUCAAGAUCUACCUGUUAAAGAGAAAGGCUCUCAACAUGGAUUGAAAAUUCUGGCCUAUAUGCCAGUAAAGAAGAAUACAGGUUCAAGUUUAGGGACAUUUGGAUACAGGAUUGUAAUACACUCUCCAGAUAUUAUUCCAAAUGUGGAGAAUGACGGCUUAGACAUCGUCCCAGGAUCGGUGACACACGUUGCACUUGAACAGAUCAUUUUCCGCCGUCUGCCGGAGCCCUUUGGCGACAGUUGUGGCAUGAAAAACAUAACCCGCAAUGGAGCAUACGACAGAGAAUUAUGUCUUCAAUUCUGCGCACAACUAUUGAACAAUGAAACUUGCGGGUGUGGUGACCCAACAGCACCACUUCCUGAUGGUGUACAACCUUGUAUUCUUAAUAAUAAUUCAUCAAGUAAGUUGGAAAAACUGAAGUUUUCUCCCUAA